AUGGCAAAUCUACAAAUGAAAGAGGCAGCCCUCGUCUAUCUUGACAGAAGUGGGGGCCUUCAAAAGUUUAUGGAUGACUGCAAGUCCUAUGAUGAUUCAAAACAAAGCUAUGCUGUUUAUCGGUUCAAUGUUUUAGUAAACCCCUCUGAUGUUGUCGAAUUAGAUGCUGAACUUGGAAAUCACAUUUUACACCAUCCCUUAAAAGCUGCUCAAGUUUUUCAAUCAGUCUGCUUCGUUGCUGUCAAGACUCUCUCAUUAAUUGGACAGUUACAAACUGAAACUCAAAUCAGUAUUGUGCUGAAGUUAACACACUUACCAGCCCUGCCAAGUUACAGUCUUGACCUUUGUGAGUUUCCACUUAGUUAUACAUCUCGGAGAUUUUAUAUGAUGCAAGGAAUUGUGAUUGCAAUGACAACUGUAACCAAGUACACACAAGGUGCAAGAUUCCUCUGCUCAGAUGAAGUCUGCCCUCUUUCCAAAGGAUUUCAGUAUGUGAGAGUCCAUGUGCCUGGUGCUACCGAAUCUGCAACAGUAAGAAAUGACUUUUUGUGCAGUCUGUGCUCAUCGUCACUUCAAGAAGACAGAAAAUUUAGAGUACUUGGUGAUAAGCAGAUAGUUGAAAUCAUUACCACAAAAGCGCUUCAUGCUUUUCAAGGAGAUUGUAAAAAACAGCCAUUUAGGUUUCAGUCACUCAGUAUUUUCCUAAGAGAUGAACUGGUGAAUAAAAUGAAAAUAGGAAAUGAAUAUAAAAUUAUUGGAAUUCCAGUCUGUAUCAAAACUUCACAAACUGCUCUCUGUGUAGAAGCAAACAGUAUCACUCCUUACACAGCAAAAGUUCCUUCAGGAAUUAGUGACAACUUUGGGUGUCUCCUGUCCUUGACUUCUGCUUCAUGUUGGAAAUUCACGGCAGUACUUGCCAAUGUCUUUGCAUCACAGAUUGUUCCUCCUGGGACUUACAAUUUGCUCAAACUCUGUUUGCUGAUGAGUCUAGUACAGACAAGCGAUGGCAACAGGGACCCACAAGACUGCGUGGAUAUUUUAAUUAUAACCAGUGACACUCUGCUUGUAGAUAGACUUUUGAAUUAUAGCAUGAAUCUUGUCUCCCGUGGUAUACGUCACCCUGUCUCUACUGAAGUUUUUCCUACUGUGUCUAGAAAUAAAUAUGGAACUGGAGCAGUGAGCAUUCAAGCCGGCAGUGCUCUGCUAGCUAAGGGUGGGGUCUGCUUCAUAGGAGACCUGACAUCACAUAAGAAAGACAAACUCGAACAGCUUCAGUCAGUUUUGGAGAGCAGAAGCAUCACAGUGUUCAUCCCAGGAAAGAAGUUUGGGGAUGAUAUCGACCAGCAGAUGACUUUCCCUAUUCAGUGCAGUUUCUGGUCUUUUGUUGAUAUGGAUUCAUCUUCAAGGAGAACAGUGCAGAAAACCAGUGCUCUGAUUGGCCAGAUGGAUUGCAGUGUGAUUCCAGCUAAUCUUGUGGAGGCAUUUGGAUUGUUGAUUAACUGCAAUGAAUCAUCUCCUUGCCACCCACUUCUUCCUACUGUGCAACAUACUUUAAAGAAAGCUAUGGAUCCCGAGGGGUUGCUUUAUUUAGCUUCUAAAGAGUUCACAACUGAAGAUUUUCAAAAGCUCCUGGCUUUUGCACAGAAUUUGAAUAUAGAAUUCAGCUUAGAGGCAGAACGAAUGAUUCACGGCUAUUAUCUAGCGAGUCGCAGAAUCAGAGCAGACUCUAUACACGGGUCGAAGCUGUCAGCAUCUGCAUUAAAAUACUUAGUUUCUUUAUCUGAAGCUCAUGCUCGACUGAACUUAAGGAAUAAAGUACUCAAGGAAGAUGCGCUGAUUGCAGCCUUAUUGUUUGAAACGUCUCUCACGUUGAAAUAUGGGGCCAGUGCAUUCUGUGUCGCUCCCAAUGCAUUGUUUCCAUUUGAACUGUAUAAUGAAGAGUAUUUAGAGCAAAGAGACCUCUACCUCACUCAGUGCCAGCAGCAGCUCCAGCAGUUUAUCACCACAUGCGGGCCUGGGACAGCUCUCUUUUCUACUGACGAAUAA